UAGUGGAGGCGUUGCUUAAAAAAUGGAACCUGUAGUCCACAAGGUCUGACCGUCACCAAACAAAGUCCCCAAGCUGCGACGCUUCCAUUAAAUUUAGCUUUCCCCUCCUUUCCAAGUGCCAAUAAAAACCUCAGCCAGUGCCCAGUAGCUUCGACCGCUCGCAUCUACUUCGCCAUUCUUACUCAUUUCUUGAAUUAAUGGCGUCUUUAAUCUCUUUCUUCUUCUUUAGUAUCUUCUUCAUUGCAUAUCUCUCUGUUUCGUCUUCACAGAUUGUUCUUCCUCUGAGUCAUUCGGCGAUGAACACAAAAACCCAAUUCAAUCACACCCACCACCUUCUUAAAUCCUCCUCUGUUCAGUCCACCACCAGGUUUCGCAACCACCACCGUAGCCAUCUCCAACGCCGCCAAAUCUCUCUCCCUCUUUCUCCUGGUAGCGACUAUACCCUCACCCUGUCUCUCGGCGACGACCCAGCUCAAACCAUUUCCCUUUAUAUGGACACGGGCAGCGACCUCGUUUGGUUCCCUUGCGCCCCUUUCGAAUGCAUACUCUGCGAAGACAAAUACGAUAUCAACGCCGCCACGGCUCCAUUUAACGUCUCUUCCUCUGCUUUUGUCCCCUGCAACUCCCCUUCCUGCUCUGCCGUCCACUCAUCGCUCCCAUCAUCCGACGUCUGCGCAAUCUCUCGCUGCCCACUGGUUACAAUUGAAACCUCCGAUUGCUCUUCCUUCGCUUGCCCACCUUUCUACUACGCUUAUGCCGAUGGCAGCCUCAUUGCCCGUCUGUACCGCGACACUAUUUCGAUACCCAUGUCGUCUCCUUCGCUUCGCCUGAAAAAUUUCACCUUUGGGUGUGCUCACACAGCACUCGCCGAACCAGUCGGCGUCGCGGGUUUCGGCCGAGGCGUCCUUUCUUUACCAGCUCAGCUAUCUAAUCUUUCCCCCCAACUCGGUAGCUCGUUCUCUUAUUGUUUGAUUUCUCACUCCUUCGAUCAGCAGAAAAUCCGUCGGCCAAGCCCAUUAAUUCUCGGCCGUUACUCUCUGGAUGAUGAAAAAAAGACAGAGUCUGUGGAUGGGGAAGGUGAGUUUCAGUACACAAAAAUGCUCGACAACCCAAAAUACCCAUACUUCUAUUGCGUUGGGCUAGAAGCCGUCUCAGUCGGAGGGAGUAAAAUUCCGGCACCGGAGACAUUGCAGAGAGUGAACAGGCACGGUGAUGGUGGAAUGGUGGUGGAUUCCGGCACAACAUUUACAAUGCUCCCGGCGAAGCUGUAUGAAGCAGUGGCAGCAGAGUUUGACCACCGAGUCAGCCGGAUUUACAAACGGUCGAGAGAGACAGAGGACAAGACCGGGCUCAGUCCGUGCUAUUACAUUGAUGGUGAAACCAAACUGGUGGCAAAGGUGCCCAAGUUGGCCCUACACUUUGUAGGGAACGCCACUAUUAUUCUACCAACUAGGAAUUACUUCUUUGGAUUCACCAGUGGAAAGAGGAAGGUGGGGUGUUUGAUGGUGAUGAACGGUGGAGAUGUAGCGGAUUCGGGUGGGCCCGCUGCGUUGCUGGGGAAUUACCAGCAACAAGGGUUCGAAGUGAUGUAUGAUUUGGAAAAGGGGAGGGUUGGGUUCGCCCGGAAACAGUGCGCUACCCUUUGGGAUAGUUGGAACCGGGGACGCUAACCUACGCUGGUUGAGAAGGGGAGUUGACUUUUAUGACACUCGAAAGCGUGAGGGGUGCAAAAGUUUGACCAACCACACGUGGAGUUCAUGCUGAUACAUGAAUUGUAAAAAUAAAUAAAGGGCUGUAAGAAAAGAUAAGAUUAUGUAAAUAUGGGAUUAGAGAUUAGAAAGGAGUGAUUAAAGAUUAAACUUAAUUAAUGAUAUCUAUGCACACGUGUCCU